AUGCCCCCGCCCCCCGACCGCUCCGCCCUCUCCCCGCGCGCCAUCGUCCGCGACCUCUGGACCACCACCCUCGGCCUGCCCGCCGCGCUGCUCGAUCCGACCGACCCCGAUCCUGAUCCCGACUCCGAUUCGAAUGGCUCGUCCGGGCCGCUCGUCCUCCCGGGCCUCGACGGGGAGACGGAAUCCACUGCGGGUGUCGAAAACGAGGAGCCCGCCCUGCCGUCGUCGUUUCGUAUCGGGGCGCUGGCGCAGAGUGUCAUUGCGUUGGCGGGACUGACGGCGGCGCUGGUGGAUGCGACGCGCGCACCGGCAUCAACAAAACUGGACACAGAAACGGCCGCGGAUGCGAAGCCGGGAGAUGCACCACAGCCCGCUUCGGCAUCGUCACCACCGGCCUCAGCUCCGGACACACGUAGCAGCAACAACAACAACAACUCCUCCGCCGCGCGACAGCAAGGCUCGAACUCCGAGGGCCGCAUCCGCCUCCCCAAGGUCACCGUCCCCCUCCGCCACGCCGUCGCCGAGUUCCACUCGGAGCGCAUCUACACCCUCACUGCCCCUUCCCAAUCCUCAUCUUCCCCUUCCGCCACGGCCUCAUCCUCGCUCCCGUCUUCGGCCCCCGCCCCGGCACCGCCAACGUCCGUACACGGCCCCGUCGGCGGACUGUACGCCACGCCCCUCGACGGCUCGGCCGUGCGCAUCCACGACGCGCUGUCGAACCACGCGCGCGCGGCACUCGGCCUGCUCGGCUUGGGCGGCGGCGGCGACGACGCCUCCAAGAGCAAGGACAAGCAGCAUGGCACAGACGGCGACAGCAAGGACGACGAGGGCCACGGCGUAGGAUCCGUCUCCCGCGAGGACAUCGCCCGGCGCGUCGCCCUUCACACCAGCGCGCAGCUCGAGCACCUCGCGCACGAUACUCCCUCCGGGGCGGUGCUCUACGCGCUGCGCUCGUACAAGCAAUGGGACGCCCACCCGCAGGCCGCGCACACGCCUGACACGCCCAUUCUCAUCCGCCGCAUAUCGUCUCCCUCCUCCUCCUCGUCCGGACCGAAGCCCCUCCCCCCAGCCCCUAACCCAUCACCCUCACCCUCACUCUCCUCGCAGCAAGGUGAUAAUCCUCAGCAGCAGAAUCAGCAGCACCACCACCACCAUCCCCACGGCUGCCUCUCCGGGCUCCGCGUCCUCGAACUAAGCCGCAUCAUCGCCGCCCCCACCGCCGGACGCACCCUCGCCGCCCACUCCGCCUCCAUCCUGUGGCUCACCUCGCCCACCCUGCCCUCCCUCCCCGCGCUGGACGUCGACCUCUCGCGCGGCAAGCGCACCAUCCAGCUCGACCUGUCCGACCCCGCGCAGCGCGACACCCUGCACGCGCUGGUCCGCGACGCAGACGUCUUCAUCCAGGGGUACCGCCCGGGCAGCCUCGCCGCGCGCGCGGGGCUCUCCCCCGAGGCGCUCGCGCGCAUCAACCCGCACAUCGUCGUCGCGAACUUGUCGGCGUUUGGGCCGGAGGGACCGUGGGCGGGGAGGAGGGGGUUUGAUUCGCUGGUGCAGACGUGUACGGGGAUGAAUGUGUCGGAGGCGGCGCAUAGGGCGGGCCGUGACGAUGAUGAUGAUGAUGAUGAUGAUGAUGAUGAUGAUGAUGAUGAUGAUGAUGGGCACGGCCAUGACAGCGAAGACCAUCGUGAUGAAGGCACAGGCGCGGCAGACCAGCAAGGAGGGCAUGGCACCGCGCCCGCCGCCCUGCCCAUGCCCUGCCAGGCCCUCGACCACGCAAGCGGCCACCUCCUCGCCUCCGGCAUCUGCACCGCCCUCCACCGCCGCGCCACCCACGGCGGCGCCUACACCGUCGACGUCUCCCUCGCCGCCACGGCGCGAUACCUGCGCAGCCUGGGCCAGUACUCCCGAGCGAGGGGCUUCACCCCCGCGGCUGAGGCGCGCCGCGUGAGGCCACCAGGACAUGCACACGGGCAACUCGACGGCAAGCCCGACAACCAAAACGAGGGGGGCGCGCUGCCACCCGAGCUGUUCGAGACGCGCGAGUCUGGGCUGGGAACGCUGACUGCGCUGCGGCAUAGUGCGGCGGUGGAGGGGAGGCGCGUGGGGUGGCAUGUCAUGCCCAAGCCGCUGGGGAGCGAUGAGCCGCGGUGGGUGUAG